UUCCGUGGCAGAGCCUAUUCGCAGCGAGCGGGUUCACUACACCGCUGCGUACUGGAGAAGCGGCGUUGAUUAGUGUUAGUUGGAAGAAUGUCGCCGUGGAUUUCUUCUAUAAUGCGGCUGUAAGACGGACGCCCCCCCCCCGCACCCAUGGUUUACCGGCCCGGCAUGCAGUCCGAUCCGCAAAGCGCCCGCACUGGCUGCCUGGAUGUGAUGUUCGAUGCGAGCGUGUGGAGGAUCCGCAGUAUCUGGGACGCAGUGAGGCUGGAGCUGGCCGGAGAUGCCGGGCCGGUGGUGCUGCACAGCUUCACGCAGUUGGACCCCGACCUGCCGCUGCUGGAGAACUCCACCCAGGAGAUCGGGGAGGAGGCAGAGGUUGGGGCCAUCUACACCAUCACCCUGCGGAAGGUGCAACUGCACCAGACAGCCAGCAAGGGGCAACGUUGGCUGGGCGUGGAGACGGACGCAGCGCUCAGCCUGUACGAGACGUGCAAGGUGCGCACCAUCAAGGCGGGCACGCUGGACAAGCUGGUGGAGUACAUGGUGUCCGCCUUCCGGGGGAACGACUCCACCUACGUCACCAUCUUCCUCUGCACCUAUCGCUCCUUCGCUUCCACCAAGCAGGUGCUGGACCUGCUGCUGGACAGACACGCCAAGCUACAGCAGACCGGGGCAGAAGGGCCACGGAUGGCACAGGACGACCGAACUGAGAGGAAAAAUGCCAUCUCGUCCAUCCUUGGUGCCUGGCUGGAUCAGUAUUCUGAAGACUUCUGGAAUCCUCCGGAGCACGGCUGCCUGCAGCGCCUGGUCCCCUUCGUGAAGCUGCACUUUCCUGGCUCGGACCUGGAGCGCAGAGCAUGUGGCCUGCUGGCCCAGUACCGCCGGAGCCAGCACCUGGAGCCCCCGCCCGGAGGCUGCCCCUUCGCCAUGCUGGAGGAGAGCGGCUUCGAGGACGAGAGGCCCGACUUCCUGACCUUUGACCCUGUGCUGGUGGCGGAGCAGUUUACGCUCAUGGACGCGGAGCUCUUUAAGAAGGUGGUCCCCUACCACUGCCUGGGGAGCAUCUGGUCCCAGCGGGACAAGAAGGGCAAGGAGCAUGUGGCCCCCAGUGUCCGCGCCACCGUGUCACAGUUCAACUGUGUCACCAACUGUGUCAUCGCCUCGUGCCUGGGGUGUCGCUCGCUGAAGCCUGCACAGCGCGCCAGGCUGGUGGAGCGCUGGAUCGAGGUGGCCAGGGAGUGUCGCAUCCUGAAGAAUUUCUCCUCUCUGCGAGCCAUCCUCUCCGCCCUACAGUGCAACUCCAUCCACCGGCUGAAACGUACCUGGGACGAGGUGUCCAGGGAGAGCAUUCGCAUCUUCAGUGAGCUCUCAGAGAUUUUCUCGGAUGAGAACAACCACUCGCUCAGCCGGGAGCUGCUGAUCAAGGAGGGAACCUCGAAGUUUGCCACCCUGGAGGUGAACCCCAAGCGAGCGCAGAAGAGGCAUCAGCAGCAGAGGGAGCUGGGUGUGAUGCAGGGCACCAUCCCCUACCUGGGCACCUUCCUCACCGACCUGGUCAUGAUGGACACGGCCAUGAAAGAUUACGUGGAGGGUGGGCUGAUCAACUUCGACAAGAGAAGAAAGGAGUUUGAGGUGAUUGCACAGAUCAAGCUGCUUCAACUGGCCUGUAAUAACUACAGCUUCACGCGGGACGGGCGCUUCAGGGAGUGGUUCUUCAGCUUGGGGAAACUCACUGAGGCAGAAAGCUACAGCCAAUCAUGUGAAAUUGAGCCGCUGUCAGAGUCAGCCAGCAACACGCUGAAAGCCAAGAAGAACAUCAGCAUCAUGAAGCGCUGGAGCGAUCGUCAGUCAGUCUUCGGAGAUACCAGCUGCGGAAGUCCCCACUCCAAGUCGUUUGAACAGCUGCGUUACUCGCCUUACGUGAGUGGGCCGGGGAGCGGUCCGGGGGAUGGGGCCGACUCCCUCAGCGUCACCUCGGGCGGCUCCAGCAGCUCCGACACGGAGGACGUCAGCGUCAGCUUCAUCUCCGACUCCCCCGAUGGCCACGAGAAGAAGUUGUGGGAGUGCACCUCACUGUCCUCAUUGGACACGUCAGGCAUGGGCUCCAGCUCAGCCUCCAGCAGCACGUCCUCGUCCUCGGUGUCAUCCACGCCCGUGGCUGCCUCCCGCUCCCACAAGCGCUCCGUGUCGGGCGUGUCCAGCUACUCUUCGCUCUCGCUGCCACUUUACAACCAGCAGACGGACGACUGCUGCAUCGUGCGCAUCAGUCUGGACCUGGACAACGGCAACAUGUACAAGAGCAUCCUGGUGACCAGCCAGGACAAGACCCCGGCGGUGAUCCGGAAGGCCAUGGUCAAGCACAACCUGGAUCGCGAGGCGCCAGAGGACUAUGAGCUGCUGCAGAAGAUCUCAGAUGAAAAAGAGCUGAAGAUCCCGGACAACGCCAACGUCUUCUAUGCCAUGAACUCCUCCGCCAACUAUGAUUUUGUCCUGAGGAAACGUGGUCCCCCCAAGCCAGCGAGGCCCAAGACCGUGUCCAGCUCCACAUUACCGCGCAUGAAGCACCGGGGUCUCAAAAUUGCCAAGGGUCUAUUCUAAGUCUCCCACUGCCCCCAGACCCACCUCCUACAUCCCGCCGCUAACGACUCCACCCCGGUAUGAAACCGGCCAGCUGCCGAGAGACGGACUCAUGUCUCACUUUGACAGGCAGAGGAGCGGGCCAAUUGGGUAGCUCCGUUUCUGGUUCUGUGUCCGCCGUGGGAUCCAAGGUAAAAGGAGUGGUGGAAUUCGAGGUGCCCCAACACUGCACCCGACUGAGAAACUGAUACUUUCCACAUGAAAAGAAGCAGUGAUGAGGUCUAACACUAAACUUCUGAGUCAAAUGGUGGAUCUGGCCUCUGUCAAGGGCUUGGCUGUUGCUCAGUCCAAUGACGGAGAAAGCGUGUGACCUGCUGGGCAUGGCUCCCCCUGGUGGCGCUUUUAAAUGAAUUUACAAACCUGAACGGUUUCAACUGAGUGUUCUCAAAUACUGUGGAAGGAUGUCACUUCCUGCAGCCUUUGUGGAGCACAGGAACUGAACAUGUUGGAAACAUGAAAAGGGGCAUGGAAACGCCAAACCAAGAGCAAACCGAUCAGCUGUGUUUGAACUGAGCCCCUGUGAUGUCUAAUUGCUGACACGUUGUUAUGGUAACAGUGUUAUUUUGUGAUGUUUCUGCUCACGCUGCUCACCUGCGAACAAACCGCACGUCCAGCUUCUGGGUGCAUGGCUUUAAACGGGGGGGGGGGGGGGAUUCCAAAAACAAAGACGUUCCCCAUCUCCCACAUGGCCAUGAAAAGCGCAUAAAACAUCUUUAAUUUGGCAGUGCAGUUUGCAUUGGCUGCAGCCUGGGGAAAAAAGGCUGAAAUCAAACCAAAUCCCAUGUUUUAUCCACAUUUACAGUCACAAGUGCUGAGCGAGUAAGUCAAGUAACAGUAUUUGGUCCACAUUUGGAAAUGAAGUAAGGAGGUUUUGGUGGACGCUGGCCUCAGGUUUGUCACAGCCCUGGAGAGCUGGGGAGGGGUGUAGAAAUUGACUUCUUUUUGCCCUCUAAUUUUACCACCUGGUUUACAAAUACUUCAGCCAAACACCACGCAGCAGAGCCAGAUUUUGUGGAUCUGCUGAAUAUUUUUUGCAUAUUGAGUGUGGAAGAACCCAGUGCCAUGUUUCUGUCACUAAGAAUUAGGAGCUAAAAUUUCCAAUUUUUUCGGUACAGAAUCACAGGGAGCCUGGAGCCAAAGCUCAGGGUACAAUGCAGGGGAACGAACUUCCAAAUACCAUUAGAGUGUAAGUGUGCAGGGGACAGGCGUCCCGUCCAGGGUGGCCCCUGCUUUGUCCUCUGUGGGAUGGACAGGCGUCCCGUCCAGGGUGGCCCCUGCUUUGUCCUCUGUGGGAUGGACAGGCGUCCCGUCCAGGGUGGCCCCUGCUUUGUCCUCCGUGGGAUGGACAGGCGUCCCGUCCAGGGUGGCCCCUGCUUUGUCCUCCGUGGUAUAGGCUUCAGUCUCCCCCAUGAACCUGAAUUGGGUAAGGGGAUAGAAUUAAGGAUGAAUUUUCUAUUUUUUGUAUUUUUAUAAAGAAAAAUUUCACAGAAUGUCUUCCCCUUUAUUUUCAUGCGCAGGCUUGUAUUUAUUGACUGUAUAUAGCAUUGUUGUGUAGUGUUGUAUGUUUCAUUUCCAUUGUAAUUGUACAUAAAUGUAUAUACAUGUACAUACAUAUUUAGAUUAUAUAUAUAAAUAUAUAAAUAUAUAUAUAUACAAACACUAAGUUUCUAACAUUGUGGGUUCACCCAUCUCCUAAUUGCUCUUGCCUUUGGAAAUACUCAUGGCCAGACUUUUUUUAAUACAGGAGUGAUUGCUAAUCAUUUCCCGCUAAGUGCAAUUUGUAAUGUUGAAGAUAAACCUGUGUAAUAAAUACCAGUCAUAUUAUUAAGAA